AUGGCACGCAUCGGCCACUGCAAGUUCUGCGAGCUCAACAAGCGUUACCACGACACGCUGGAGUGGAAGAUGAUCAGGGGCAAGGCGGCCGCGGACGAGACGAAGGCCGAGUGGCAGGCGAACCCUGCUGACAAGAAGUACGCCAGGAAGAGCCUCAUCCAGUCGAGCCAGUUUCAGAAAUCCCACAGCAGCGACACAUUCAGCACCAACAGGGACCUCGACAGGCCGAUGACCAGACAAGCAUUUCAUUGCCACUGCCAAGACAUCUUGGGCCUCACAGAGCUAGAGGAGUCAGAGUGGUGGCAGGAGCUCGAGGAGAACCCCAGGAUCGAUCGGGAUAACAAGGGCUGCAGGGGUCGACUGCAGCUCUGGAUUCCCGUCGGACCUGAAUGGGAGCGGGGGGGCCGCAGGUCCGUCCAGAGCGCCUUCGUGGAGAAGGGAUCGGAGCAAAAGAACAUGUCUGAGAGCGAGGCCGCCUCGAUCAAGGAGUUUGUCCAGGAGUCGUCUGCUUCGACUGCUGACUCGUUCUUCUCGAACAAGUUGGAGUUGCAGAUAGUGCUGAAGAGGAAGGACGCCCUGGAUGAGGUAUCUGUCAAAAAAGAGUAUGCCGUCGAGGCUGGGUCAGCGUCUGGGAAGAAGAGGAAGGUAUCGCACAAGGUCUACGUGCCUGAGCGUGACUGCCCGAAGAUCCACGCCAACAUGGUGACGGAUAUCGCGAAACUCAACACCGCGUUCGCCGCCAACCAGCGCAAGGUCGACGACGUCACCAAGCGUCUGCAGUCCAUCCCCGUGACUGAGACGAACGACGCUAAGCCCUUCGUAUCGUACAUCAAGAGUCUCCAGACUCGCUGGCAGCUCACCGUCAAGUGGAAGGGCCUGCACAAUGUCAUCAAGCUAUUCAAUCUCUCAGUGGACAAUGGCAAUGCCGCUUCGGCGUCGCCAGCACAUAGUUAUCCUCCGACACCCGGCUCGGGCAGCCAGCCCGCCCCAUUGCCCGACAGUGACAUGCAGAGCAUCUCGUUGCUAGAUCUCGCCGAGAGGGAGAAGGCCAGGAAGCCGUUCGCAGGCGACCCAACGAAGAUCAAGUCGCUCAAUGAGAUGCACACGUUGUGCGAGGAAGACCUUGACGACUUGGUCGAGACAUGGAACGAGUGCCUCGCCAUCGCCACUGAGCUGAAUGCAUCUGUCAAGACGACGUGCGGCCACAUCGAAUCUCACCUGACCCAGAAGAGGAAGAGACAAGAGCGCGAGGCGAGGGACCUGGAGAAGAAACAACAGGCGGAUGCCCUCAAGAAAGUCAAAGAGGAGGCAGCACAGGCGGCAGCGGCGAUCAGGGCCAAGGUCAAGCAACCACUUCAGCCAAGUGCCCUGGCGGUGAAGCCGAUCUUCCUUGCGUCCUGGAGUCAUGUUGAAGAUGCCGAUGCAGUCACCGAAGUGCCUGCCAACGACUCGAUGAGUUGGAACAUGCCGUUCGCGGUAAAGGAGAACGACGACAUCACGCUCCUCAUCGGCAGCUCCGGCAUUCAGAAGGAGCUGACCGCGUGGGCGACCGAGUUCAGCAAGACCCAGGAUCUGCGGGGCCAGAAGCAUCUACAAGGACAUGGGAAGGCGGCGGAAAACGGCCUGACUGAGGCCGCGCAUUUCUUCGAGAAGUGGAAGCCACCUACGGUCGACAUCAGCGCAGUCGAUGGCGGCUCCGCCUUCGUGAACUCGAUCUGGAAGCUGGGAUUCAAGGAGGAGAUGACGUGGACGGGCUUCACGCCUAAUUGUGCCGCCCUGAUGCGUCGUCUCGCAGCUGGCAAGGUUCACUGUCUCAUGGUGGACACGACGACUGUGUUCGCCACCAUGCUCAAAGAGGAUUGCCCAGAGGUCAUCAAGAAGAUCCACGCGCCUGGCGAUGUGGCAGCAACCAUCGAGGCGUUCGCCAACCUGGACGACGACGGCGCGAAGCAGGCCGUGGAUGCUGGGAUUACCGCUCGCAAGACAAUUCAGGUCGCCAAGAGCUUGCUCUACGCGCCGAUGGGCUGGAUGGUCGCGGAGAUGUGCCUGAAGGGGGAGGCGCUGAACUACGGGAUCCGCAAGAGCACGAUCGUCAUGACCGAGGUGUCCAAGGAGCACUUCGACCAGGCGACGAGGCUCUUCAUGGAGAUGAAGAAGGACACCUCGAGGAUGGAGGCCAUCCUCGCUCUAAUCUAG